CCCUGAAUCAACCUGAAUUUCUAUUGUAAUUUUGGGACUUGUCAAGCAGUUUUCUCGAGGACUCUAGUGGAAAAGUAUGAGUCGUCUGCGGCCGCAUAGGGAAUAUUCUCGGAACGCCCUGCGUUCGCGUUCCCGUUCUCGAUCCAGUUCUCGAUCCCGACCCACCCGUUCGGAUACCAUUUUCGCAGACAGGUCGCGAUUGCAGCGACGUUCGGGUCGGGCUCCCAGCGCCUGGGACAUUCCGCCGGAGGGAUAUGAGCAGGUGACUCCGCAGCAGUACAAGGCCAUGCAGGCCAGCGGGCAGAUUGCCUCGCGGAUUGCGCCGGAUGCCAUGCCCACGGGUGAAUCCGCGGCAAUUGCGAUGAUCACCAGACAAGCUCGCCGGCUGUAUGUGGGCAACAUACCAUUUGGAGUGACGGAGGAGGAAAUGAUGGAGUUCUUCAAUCAACAGCUCAUGGCGCUGGGACUCGAGGGUGCACUGUAUUUGGAUGGCAAGGCUGUGCUGUCCUGUCAAACGAAUCUGGAGAAGAACUUUGCCUUCCUGGAAUUUCGCUCCAUGGACGAGGCCACCCAGGCCUUGAACUUCGAUGGCAUUAUCUUUCGCGGCCAGAUCUUGAAGAUCCGCAGGCCACACGACUAUCAGCCGGUGCCCUCGAUUCGUGUUUCUAACAUGGAGAGCUAUAGGUCAUUUAGGCUGCCGGCCACCACCACCACCAAUCCUCCGAUUUCCACUAUGGCCGUGUCCUCGAUUGUCCCCGAUUCGCCCAAUAAGAUCUACGUAGGUGGCCUGCCCACCUGCCUGGAUCAGGACCAGAUCAAGGAUCUGCUGCAGUCCUUCGGCGAACUGAAGGGCCUCAAUCUGGUGAAGGACAUCAACACAAGCCUGAGCAAGGGAUUCGCCUUCUUCGAGUACUUCGAUCCUUCGGUCACUGAUCACGCCAUAGCUGGCUUGCAUGGCAUGCAGUUGGGCGAUCGCAGGCUGGUUGUCCAGCGAUCCAUUCCCGGCGGAAAGAACGGGCUCUCCGGACAACAGCCCAUUGUGCAGGUGCCGGGAAUAUCCACACUCCUAGACCCCGGCUCACCCACCGAGAUUCUCUGCCUGCUGAACAUGGUGUUGCCGGAGGAGUUGCUGGACAACGAGGAGUUCGAGGACAUUCGCACGGACAUCAAGCAGGAGUGCGCCAAGUACGGAGACGUUCGGAGCAUCAAGAUCCCACGCCCCGUUGGCCAAUUCCCGAAGCGUGGCUGUGGCAAGGUCUUUGUCCAGUUCGAGUCCGUGGAGGAUUCGCAGAAGGCCCUGAAGGCGUUGAGUGGCCGCAAGUUCAGCGGGCGCAUCGUGAUGACCUCGUUCUACGAUCCCGACAAGUAUCUGCAGGAUGAUCUCCAAUAAAAUCU